CUUUAUAUUCUACCACUUGACUGCCACUAGCGCAGCAGAUUCCAAGAGCCGGCAAGAUGGAGAUGGAGAGGAAGCCGCACGCAGUGUUGGUGCCGUUGCCGCAGCAGGGGCACAUCGCGCCGAUGCUGAAGCUGGCCAAGCUCCUUCACUGCAAGGCCGGUUUCCACAUUACCUUCGUCCACACCGAGUACAACCAACGGCGUCUGGUCCGGUCCCACGGCCCCGGAGCCCUGGCCGGCGUCCCGGGCUUCCGCUUCGCCACCAUCCCCGACGGGCUGCCCCCGUCGGACGCAGACGCAUCACAGGACCCGGCGUCCAUCUGCUACUCCACAAUGACCACCUGCCUCCCCCACUUCAAGAAGCUGCUCCAGGAGCUCAACGCCACGGCUGGGAUGCCGCCGGUGACGUGCGUUGUGGCGGACAACAUCAUGAGCUUCACCCUUGACGCCGCGGCGGAGGUCGGCGUGCCGUGCGCGCUCUUCUUUACCGCCAGCGCCUGCGGCUACGUGGGCUACCGCAACUUCAGGUUCCUCAUGGAUAAGGGCAUCGCUCCCCUCAAAGAUGAAGCGCAGCUGACGAACGGGUACCUCGACACGCCGGUGCCCGAUGCUCCUGGGAUGAGCCAGCACAUGCGCCUCCGUGACUUCCCCUCCUUCAUCUGCACCACGGACCGUGGCGACGUGAUGCUUAACUUCAACCUGCACGAGGUGGAGCGGUCGGGCCGCGCCGCCGCCAUCAUCAUCAACACCUUGGACGAGCUGGAGCAGGCAUCGCUGGAUGCCAUGCGCGCUAUCCUUCCACCCCCGUGCCCGGUUUACACCAUUGGCCCGCUCCACCUCCUCGCCCAAGGCCAAGGCCAAGGCCAAGUGCUGCUCCCCGAGAUACCCGAGGUGCUCUGGAAAGCAGACGGGUCCUGCCUCGAGUGGCUGGACGGAAGGGAGCCCGGGUCCGUGGUGUACGUCAACUUUGGGAGCAUCACCACCAUGUCCGGCGAGGAGCUGGUGGAGUUCGCGUGGGGCUUGGCCAACUGCGGCCACCCCUUCCUGUGGAUCGUGAGGAAGGACCUGCUGGCGGCCAAGAAGGACGACGAUGCCGCCAUGCAGCUCCCUGCCGAGUUCCUGCAGGCCACCAAGGGCAGGUGCCUCCUGACGAGCUGGUGCGACCAGGAGGCGGUGCUGCAGCACCCGGCCCUCGGCGUCUUCCUCACGCACUGCGGCUGGAACUCCGCCUUGGUGGCCAUCAGCGCCGGGGUGCCCAUGCUGGGCUGGCCCUUCUUCGCCGAGCAGCAGACCAACUGCCGCUACGCGUCCGUCGAGUGGGGCGUCGGGAUGGAGGUCGGCGACAACGUGCGCCGCCAAGUGGUGGAGGCGAGGAUAAGGGAGGCCAUGGAAGGCGACGGAGGGAACAAGUUGAAGCGCAAGGCAGCCGAGUGGAAGGAGAUCUGUGCCCGUGCUGCUCCUGCCAGAUCCAUGGCCAACCUUCACAGCCUCGUCAAGGAUGUACUCAUGCAACCUCCCCCCAAGACUCUAGAUUCAUCAUCAUCAUCAUGCUUGGAAUAUGAAUGGAAUGUUCCAGCCCACCUCCUCUAGCUUAUACGCCAUGUUUUAGGAAUAAGAAAACAUGCUACCACUCUUGCUCUUGCUAGGUUCAUGACAUGCAUGAAAUAUGCGGGGCCUUAAUUGGUUUGUAUGGGUUUUCGGAAUAAACAAACAUGCAUGCAUGGAUGGAGGGGUUUGUAUGGGUUUUUUUGGAAUAAACAAACAUGCAUGGA